GACAACUAAACAUGGCGGUGGCGGUGGCAGCGGCGGCAGCGGCAGAGAAGUCAACGAAAGAGCGGCUGCUGUCCACUUUGGAUGAUUUGGAGGUUUUAUCCCGGGAGCUGAUAGAGAUGUUGGCUCUGUCUAGGAAUCAGAAACUACCCCAGCCGGGAGAGGACACACAGAUCCUGGAGCUGCUGGUGCAGAGGGACCGGGAGUUUCAGGACCUGAUGGAAGUGGCUCAGCAGCAGGGGAAGGUUCACCAGGAGAUGCAGCUGCUGGAGAAGGAGGUGGAGAAGAGAGACAGCGACAUCCAGCAGCUCCAAAAACAGCUGAAGGAGGCCGAACACAUCCUGGCCACUGCUGUUUAUCAGGCAAAAGAGAAACUCAAAUCCAUUGACAAAGCCAGGAAAGGAAGCAUCUCUUCAGAAGAAAUCAUCAAGUACGCUCACAGGAUCAGUGCCAGCAACGCAGUGUGUGCUCCUCUCAACUGGGUGCCAGGUGAUCCUCGGAGGCCCUACCCGACUGACCUGGAGAUGCGCAGCGGGAUGCUCGGUCACAUGGCCAACCUGCCGACCAAUGGCGUGAACGGACAUCUGCCAGGUGACGCUCUGGCUGCCGGACGGUUACCAGACGUCCUGACGCCUCACUACCCCUGGCAGUCAUCGGACGUCUCUGUGGGGAUGCUGCCUCCUCACCACGGCAACGACUUCGGCCUGGAGCCGCCGGGUCACAACAAGGAGAACGAGGACGACGUGGAGGCCAUGUCGACCGAUUCCUCCAGCAGCAGCAGCGACUCCGACUGAAAGACUGACUGUGUGUGAGUGUGUUUGAGAGGUCACCGCUGAGCCACAUCUUCCGAAAGUAGAUAUCAAGUAAAUUUAAAAGCCCAGUCUGUUUCAUGUUUGUGAAUGUCGAAAGAUAAAAGUACGUUCUUCUGUUGAAGGUCUUGAGUUAACUUGCAGAGAUACUUUUCUGCCUGAGUGUGUUGAAGUGGACCAGAUUAUCCCAGUUUUGAUCACUGGGACUAUGAGGUUUACAUUAACACAGAGGAACUUGGUUCUGCACAUCCCUCGAAACAUGAUAAACACCAGUAUUCCAGCUACUGACCACUGCAUGCUGUUGUCAGUAGCUAAACCUAAAUUUGACUUGUUUUGCUCUUUGGUGACCCUUAUUUUAAACUGUACGUGUGACCUUAUGUCUCAUUUUUGUCCAUCACAGAUGAGAUGUUUGUAGAGUUGUGUGAGUGGUUGUAUAGCAAUGUUGACAAAUGCUGUGUAAAUAAACUUGUAAAUACUCAGCCUUGUAAAUAAAUACUUUUUGAAUAGA